AUGCAAAUCUUCGUCAAGACACUCACAGGCAAGCACAUCACACUCGAGGUUGAGCCAACAGACCGUAUCGAGGACGUUAAGGCCAAGAUCCAGGAUAAGGAAGGUAUCCCACCAGAUCAGCAGCGUCUCAUCUUCGCUGGUAAGCAGCUCGAAGAUGGUAACACACUCCAGGACUACUCCAUCCAGAAGGAUUUCACCCUUCACCUCGUUCUUCGUCUUCGUGGUGGUAUGCAGAUCUUCGUCAAGACCCUUACAGGCAAGCACAUCACACUUGAAGUCGAGCCAACAGACCGUAUCGAGGACGUUAAGGCCAAGAUCCAGGACAAGGAAGGUAUCCCACCAGAUCAGCAGCGUCUCAUCUUCGCUGGUAAGCAGCUCGAAGAUGGCAACACACUUCAGGACUACUCCAUCCAGAAGGAUUCCACCCUUCACCUCGUUCUCCGCCUUCGUGGUGGCUUUUAA